AUUUAAUAUCACAGACUAUAUUACUAUACCGCGUUUUGACUGUUCGAAAGGCCCUGUGCGCGCCUUCAAUCCCUCAGCCACCUCAUACUUCUUGCCGGACCCCCGAUAGCCGACACCAUCUACUACUAGUAUUAAUACACUCCGAAAAGGAAACAAGAACAGUCUCCCUUGAGCAAGACAUAGGCAAAAAACAGCAUGCCAUACAUCAAAGCAGACUCACCUCCUCUCUCGCGUGAACCUGAAUCCGAAACGUCUCCCGAGAAUGGAUUCGAGAACCUCGUCCAAGCUCUAAGCGACGCUCUGGGUCCGAGCUCGGGUCUUGAUUCCGACGAUAUCGAUCCUAUGGAUAUCCUUCGUCUGAUGGAACGAUACGAAUCAAAUCCAGACGAAUGGCUUUCCUUCGCCUUGGGAGACCCCAAAAGGAACUAUACGAGAAACCUCAUUGACGAGGGCAAUGGCAAGAGCAACUUGCUCAUCCUAGUCUGGAGUCCUGGGAAAGGAAGCGCAAUUCACGACCACGCCAACGCACACUGCGUCAUGAAGAUUCUUAAAGGCUCUCUCAAAGAAACCCUCUACGCAUGGCCGGACCAAGACAAACUCCAACACGGAGAAUCCUCUCCACUGCAAAUCAAAAAGGAGACCAUAUACAAUGAGAACCAGGUUACUUAUAUGUCCGACAAGCUGGGCCUUCACCGGAUAUCGAACCCCGAUCCGAAUGACGUCGCCGUGUCGUUGCAUCUAUAUACACCCCCCAACGCCGCAACACGCGGCUUCUCUAUCUUCGAUGACAAGACCGGCAAGGCGAGCCAUAUCAAGGGGUCACACCUUUAUUCGGUGAGGGGGCAGCGGUGUUGAGUUCUUUUCUUUCGUCUGGUUAGUAGUGUGGUGAUGGAUUCUGUAGAAUGGCGUUUCUUUCUUCCUGUUGUUUCUUCUCGUUGUCAUCAUUAUUCCUCGUUGAU